AUUAAUCUUUGAAGGGAAAGUUCUUAGGAAAAUAAAAUAUAGCUACUCAUAUUUAGAAAAAUAAGAGUUUGUUCGAAACAGCUAAAAGUGAGAGACUUUUAAAGACGGUCCCAUAGUAAAGGAGGAAUAUAUUGGAAUCUUCCUGGUGGUGAGGUUGAACACUUCGUCAGCAGUGGCGGCUUCUCUGAAAGACGAAUAGCUGAGAACAGGAUAGUCUUCCUGUAAUAGAACCCGUGGAAACAUCAAGCGAGGCAGAGUCGUCACUUGACUUUAACAACUCUAAAAAUCUGCUAGCAUGGAAGCACAUCGAGCAUCUUUAACCGAAUCUCAAGUACAAGAACUUAAAGCAGCGUUUGUACUUAUGGACAAGAACCAUGACGGUAGGGUAAACGCUAGUGAACUGAAGGCUAUGCUCGAAAGUCUGGGAAUUCUUUUGACGGACAAUAUGAUACGACGCGUGCUUUAUCAAGUUAACAUGCGAGAUGAUGGGCUGAUCAAUGAAGAAGAAUUCAUGACCUGGAUGGCAAGACUCCAAAUAUCAAUGAAAGACGACGUCAUGGAGGACUUACUAGCAGCGUUUAGAGUGUUUGACAAAGAUAGAAAUGGUUUUAUAACAAGAGACGAACUACGUGUUGCCAUGGAAAUGAUAGGUGAGCCCCUAUCGGAUUUGCAGCUGGAUGAACUUCUCAAAGUGACAGAUGUAGACAACGACGGUAGGAUAAACUAUGAAGAGUUUGUCCGUAUACUGCUGUGAAGUGGAUUCCGCGUCUUGUGAGAAUCUGUGAAGAGGUUACAAGCACGUGUUAAGAGUCACAUUCGAGAACUAACAAUAACAAAUGCUUUGUACUAUCCGUAGUUGGACAACAAACAUCUUUGUCGAACAAUAACUGGCUCUUCUCUAAAAUUAAACGUCUAACUGAUAGUUUGUGUGAUAUUACGUCACAAUAAGACUGAUAGUAAAGCGUGCGAUUAAACUUGUACUCUUCAUGCUGGAAACGCGUCUUCAAACUACGGAACAACACAUCAUGCUUCGUAAGCCUAGGCAUUAUGCACCACUAAACAUUAAUUGUUUCAAGCGUUUAUCUGAGAAAAUUAUCAUUACCUUCGAAAGUGACAAUACAGCAUUUCCGGACUUAGUAAUAACAAGAGUUCCAUCCUGCUAUCGCUGUUGUUAUGACAAAAUAAUUCUAUGAAAUACAAUCAAUACCGUCUCAUCACAAGGAAGCAUCCAGAAACGUUGUGAAACUAUAAAACGAAUAUAACGUGAUCACAGGAAAAGAAAAUAUUUAAAGACUUGUUAUAAAUAAUCUGUUUUGGUUUUUUUACUUUCUUUCUUUCUUCCCCCAAAAACAAACUAACUUAAAUAUUCAUUGGUAAUUAUUUUUCAUAAAUAGUACAAUAGUUUAUGGCGUAUUCUGGUGUAUUAAUCAAUAUAUACAUAUAUAAUCAUUGAGCUGAUCGAUAGAAAUGUUGUUCUGGAUCCUUCCGGAAAUUUAACUUUGUGUGCUUCAUGAUCUACAUGAAACGUAUUGUAGCUGGUGUGAUUCAAAGUCAGUGUUAUUGGUUUUAUCCAGAAAAAUUAUCCUCUGAGUUCCAGAGUUAUACUAACCAUCGUUUCUAAGAAAUGUGUAAUGUAUAUAACAGAACUGAAUGUACCAUCUAAUAUUAUUUGCAUUUAUUAAGUCAAAGCUAGAAUUGAUUCUUAUAAAAGGGAUUUUUUGUUAAAAAAUAAAAUACCCCCCAUCGUGUAGUGUCACUGUGCGUUAAAAAUUUAAUUAUUUUAUAAUAAAAUACCCCCCCCCCAUUGUGUAGUGUCACUGUGCGUUAAAAAUGUAAUUAUUUUAUAAUAAAAUAAUCCCCGCAUAAUUUUUGUCUUGGAAAUUUUGUAACUAAUAAAGCUUAAUAUUAACAUAUAUUUUUAAUUAAUGCUGUGCAUUUUUUAGCGUCUAUCUUACAUCUUCAUUACCUUUGUGAUGUUUCGGAUGCAGAAAUACCUCGUCAAUGUAUCUCACAGGUAAUAAUUUUAUAAGCUAUUAUUUCUGUGAGCUAAUAUGGAAAACGUUGGCAGGUUGAAAUAUUAUGGAUGUCAUGGUUACUGUUGUAUUUCCAGACAGUUAUGAUGUAGUGAUAUUUUUGCUAAUGAAUCUACACUUCUUAUUCACAAUUUCUGGAUGGUGUUGGUUCAGCCAAGUAGAAAAACUAAACUCAUAUUAAACAUAGGGUAUUCUUAAACAAAUUACCAGUCAUUUCCUCAUUUGCGUGACGAGGCACCCUCACCAAUAAUUUAAUAAAUAAUGUCCAAAAAGUACGUAAUGAAUAGAAAUAUGUUUAUUUUGAUCGUAUUGUUGUGUUAUCGGCAGAAUUUUAAACGCUGGCUUUGGGAAAAUGUGAUUCAGUAUUUGUAUUAUGUACAUUAAGACUACGGAGGUUAUAUUCAUUCCUCUGUGGGUGAGAGGGAUAACACUGCUCCCAUGUUGAUAUAUUAUUUGUUAAAAGAUGUUAAUGUUAAACAUUUCAGAAGAAGUCAAAAUCUACCUGAUAAUCACAGCUGAUAAACAAUGAAUAUUUACCUUUCUAUACAAAAAACAAACAAACUCAUAUAUAGUUGUUAUCAAAUUCGAUCUUAUAACUUGGACUAUUUAUGUCUGUGACUUGGGAUAAAGUAGUGUUUAUUUGUACAUUUUGAUUUUAAGCUAUGUUAUUUAUUAUAUAAUCAUUCUUUACUAACAUUGGUAUUUUAACUCUAUGACGUUAAACAACAACGUAUUUAAUAAUCAAGAAAUUCAGAAAAGUGAAAUGCACCUGAUAAGAAAAUUAAAUUGUUAUAUAAGCCAUAAAGCGCUACUAGAUGGCAGCUCUAGCGAUUAAAUAUAAAACUAACUCUAAAGUAAACUGUCGCUCGAUUGGUACUUUAUGUAAGUUUCUUGUUAACGGAAAUUUUAGGGUAGAUUUAUUUGUUUGUUUUUUAAAGCAAAGUCACAAUGGACUAUCUGCUGUGUCCACC